GACAUGCAGCCUGUGUCAUUCCCUGAGUGAGAGAGGCUUUGGCACCUGGGGGGCAUUUGUGGGCCAGCAGGAAGAGUGGCAGGUAAGCUUGGGAGGACCCAUGACUAAGGCACUUUUUGGCAGGGGAGUGUCUAGUACAUUACGUCAUAGGUCCAGUGAUAAAUAUUCUUCAGAUCAAGGCUUAUGGCCAGUCCUCCUUCAUCCCCAGCCAUUCUCCCUAACUGCCAUGUCCGCAGCUAUGUUCUCGGGCUGGCUGGCUCUCAUCCUCUUGUCUGUGCUGAGCUUGGACACCCAGGCCUUCAGCAGCAAGCUUGUCAAGUGCUUCGAGGACCCCCAGUAUGGAGAGCUGCUACAGCUGGCUCGAAAUGGACUGGGACAGACGGCAGAGAGGAAACAGGUGGUGGUGAUUGGGGCAGGCAUGGCUGGGCUCACCACCGCCAAGAUCUUGCAGGAUGCUGGCCACCAGGUGACUGUCCUGGAGGCCUCUGGGCGUGUAGGUGGCAGAAUCGAGACCCACCGAGUUCCAGGAGCACAGUGGUACAUAGAGCUGGGUGCCAUGAGGAUCCCUAUCAACCACAGGCUUUCCCACGAGUUCGUCAGGAAAUUUGGGCUGAGGCUAAAGGAAUUCUGCCCGUGCAACAACCAGACCUGGGUAGUGGUCAAUGGAGUUCGGCAGCGCUCAGGGGAAGUGCAGACUAACCCUGGCCUGCUGGGUUACUCAGUAAGAGCCGAUGAGGUGGGGAAGACAGCAGAACAGCUCUUUGACAAGUCGCUGAGGAAGAUUGUGGAAGAACUGAAGAAUAGCAGCUGCCUUGAGGUCCUGGAGAAGUAUGACUCCUUCUCCACCAAGGAGUACCUGAUCAAAGUGGGGAACCUGAGCCGAGGGGCCGUGCAGAUGAUCGGUGACUUGCUGAACACGGACUCUGGCUACUAUGAGGCCUUUACAGAGACCCUGCGUGGCAUCAUCUCCUUCUUCCAAGAUCCCAGGUUUGAUGAGAUCAUUGGGGGCUUUGACCAGCUCCCCCAGGCCCUGCACAACUCACUCCUCCCAGGGACUGUCUGGUUCCACUCACCAGCAGAGGAAGUAGAGAUGUCUGGAGACUGUGUCCAUGUCACCUACAGGACCCCUGACCCUCUGCAACCCAGAGCGCGGCUGACUGCAGAUUUUGUAGUGGUGGCCAUCACCGCUAAGGCUGCCCGGCUCCUCCGAUUCCAGCCACCUCUCUCUCUCAACAAGCAGGAUGCUCUGCGCUCUGUCCACUACAACAGUGCCACCAAAGUGAUCCUGGCCUGCACACAGCGUUUCUGGGAACAAGAUGGCAUCUUCAGUGGCAAAUCUAGCACUGAUCGUCCUUCCCGCUUCAUCUAUUAUCCCAACCACAUCUUCCCCAAUGGCGUGGGGGUGGUCCUAGCAUCUUACACCCUGGAUGAUGACUCCUUGUUCUUCACAGCCCUGGACCACACUCGGGUAAUGGACAUUGUUCUGGAUGACCUAGCCGCUAUCCACAAUCGCCACACAGAAGAACUCCGUGCCCUCUGUCCCUACUUCACAGUCAAGAACUGGAGCCAGGACCCCUAUUCCAUGGGUGGCUUCGCUUACUUCACCCCCUACCAAUAUGUGGACUAUGCCCAGGAACUCAGACAGCCAGAAGGGCUGGUCUUCUUCGCAGGUGAGCACACGGAUCUGCCCCAUGGCUGGAUUGACACUGCUGUCAAGUCAGGCCUCAGGGUGGCAAAGGACAUUCAGGAGGCUGUGGACUUGGCUUUGACAAGGAACUCCAGAAAUGCGAAAGGACACUUCUCCAAAAGUGAGCUGUAGACAACCACAUGGACCCCAGGAACCAGGGGAAUUCCAAAGAAGCUUGUCCAUCC